UUAUCGCUACGAUGAGGAAUCUGGAGAAGAGGGAAGCCCUGGAGAGGGAAGCCGGGCCUGCCUUGGACAAGACGCUGGAAAUCAAGGAACUGGACGUGGGCAGCGAGGAGUCGAUCCGGCGCUGCGUGGAUAGCAUCCCCCAGCGCAAGGUGGACGUGCUUGUGAACAACGCCGGCGUGGGCAUGAUCGGCCCAGUGGAGAGCCACAGCAUGGCUUCUGUCCAGCGCCUCUUCGACACCAAUUUCUUUGGAGUGGUACGCCUGAUCCGGGAGAUCUACCCCGACAUGAAGCGGCGCCGCGAGGGCCACAUCGUGGUGAUGAGCAGCGUCUUGGGGCUGCAAGGUCUCUUCUUCAACGACUUCUAUUGUGCCUCCAAAUUUGCGGUGGAGGGAUUCUUCGAGAGCCUGGCCCUCCAGGCCCUGAAGUUCGGGGUCAACAUCAGUUUAAUUGAACCGGGACCGGUCAUAUCAGAGUUCGAGAGGAAGCUCUAUGAAGAGGUAAAAAACCUGGAUCUCUCUGCAGUGGAUAAGGAGACGCAGGAUCUGUUCCAGGGCCUCUACAUGUCCUACUCCAAGGACGUCUUCACAGCGCUGGGGCAGUCUUCAGAAGAGGUGGCGGAGCACACCAUGAAGGUUAUCACGUCCGAGAAGCCCCCCUUCCGAUACCAAACCAACAGCCUCUACACGCCCAUCACCACCCUGAAGCACGCCGACCCCAGCGGCAUCCUGCCCCUCAACGCCUUUCACCAGAUGGUCUUCCAGCACGACCGGCUCUUCAAAGCCAGCCUCAGCCUUCUGAAGAUGCUCCAGUGGAAGAAACGGCGGGACCUGGACCACGGCCGGGGCCGGGGACCCUGAGAAGAAGACGAGGAGGCCGGGCCCGGCUCAAGACCCUCGCAGUCCCUCGCUUAAGUUAGGACUCUUCCCAGUUUUAUGACUCCCUAGAGAGUUUUGUGUUGAGUUCUGCCCCCUCCCCUCGGGCUCUGUAUCAGGGCUGCCACUUUUGGGAAAGUGCAAACCAAGGAGAGAGAUUGUGGGAUGGAAACUGAAAGGGAGCAAAACAACCGUGAUAUAUUAUGCCAAAAAAAAACAAAUUCUUCAUAGACUUGUAAGUUCUUUUGAGUAUCCAGUUUACUUGGAGCAAUUCAAACGGCAUCAACACCACAACGGACCACGCAUGUCACGUCUCGUUUCGUGUACAAACUUUAUCAGAGUGGGUAGUGUUGGAAUUCCUGUGUAAUUUUAAUCCAUUUGGCAAACACUAUAGUCAUUUCUCAUAGUAACAUUCAUUUUUUUGUUUUACAAUUUAAUAAGUUUUUUAUUGGGUGAUAAGUCAAGAAUACAUAAGAGUUAACCUGUAUGAACCACAAAGACAAUGUAUAUCAGUGACAUUACAGAUAUUCAUAUUUUUAACUUACAGGAUGCGUUCAGACGGGGAAUUUACAACAGUAUAGGUGCCGGUUCCAACUGGUGUACUUACCGGCG